AUGGAAGGGGUGUGGUACAGGCGCAUGCUGGAACGAGGAUGCCCUCAAGGGUCCCAGCUUGGACCAACACUCUGGAAGGUCGCAAUCACACCAAUAUAUGGCUCAGUUAUAAGCCCUGACAGUACGAAGAUACUAACGUAUGCUGACGACAUACUGCUCAUGGUAGGGGCGGCCAGACCUAAGACAGCCUUUAACCGAAUAGAAAAACAAUUGGACAAGUUCACUACAUGGGCAACAGAAUUCGCUCUUGAGUUCUCCGCGGGGAAAACUCAGCUCCUCUCCCUUAAAGGCGGACUGAAGCCUGGAUACAGUAUUUUGUUUGGUACCGCAGCCGACGCGCCUAGGAUCGAGUCUUCUCCUACGGCCAAAUACCUUGGUGUCGUCCUUGACCCAAGACGAAGUUAUUGGGACCACGUCUUGUCGGUAUGCAAGAAGUCGGAUGACAUGUACAGCCGACUUAGAGCCUUGUAUUCGGCAAAUUGGGGCAUGGGCCAAUCUGCCGCCAACACCAUAUAUAAGGGCGUGUUCCUGCCCAGAAUUUCGUAUGCAGCGGAGAUUUGGGCUGAGGGAUCAAAACUACGCAAAAGCCGGGCGAAACUCCUUAGUGCUCAAAGGAAACCAUUGUUGGCGAUAACCGGUGCGUACAGAACUGCCUCGACGAAUUGCUUGUCAGCAGUUGCAGGAACUCUCCCGCUUGACCUGGAGAUUAGGCACCAAGCGGCAUUGAGAAACCGGGCCCGAGAGAGAAUAUCAGCCGACGAAAUGGACACGAUAACAUUCGAGCUGUUAAAUGAGUGGCAGGACAGAUACACGAGCACAAACAAAGGUAGUUGGACGCAGAAAAUGAUACCGUCCGUGAGACAGCGGUACCAUCUACCUCUGGACCUUGAGCACUACCCCACUCAGUUCCUCACCGGUCAUGGGGACUUUAAAGCCAAACUCUAUGGUUUUAAACUGGUUAACGACCCGAUCUGUGCAUGUGACCGCAAACCGGAGACGGUGAACCACGUCCUCAGGUUUUGCCCAAGAACAGCAUCAGCGAGACGCAAAUUGAAAAUAAAAAUGAGAGAAGAAGGAGAAGCGUGGCCUCCAGAAAACGGAGCCUUCCUCAAGUCUCGCAGAACAUUCCAAGCCCUUAAGUCCUUCGCGAGAGAAGCACUCACGAACAGGAUCGACAGAUAA